GGGCGGGGGGCUGCUCGGGAUGACGAGGAUGAUGGGAGCGGGAUGGGGUGGGUGAAGAAGAGAAGGGAGAAGAGGGAGAGAGAACGUAAGGAGCAGGAGGAGCGAGAGAGGGCGGAGAGGGAGAAGGCGAACCCGGAGAUUCGGGUGUCGGCGCCGCAGGAGGAGGUGGAGAGUAAGGAGGAAGAGAAACCAGUCGAAGUGGUCGCUGAGAAGGACGCGCCGGUGGAUGAGGAGGAGGAGGAGGCACCGCAGGUUGUGGCGGAGAAGGAGGAGCCGGAGCAUGUGUACACGACCGUCGCUGUGCCCGUGGUGCAGGCGCACCCGCACCCGUCCCGCACGCACUCGCACUCGGAGGAGGAGCGGGAGCGCGCCAAGUCGCCGCCUGCGCUGAUGACGCCCUCGGCGAACGAGGACGAGGAAGACGACGACGAGGAGGAGAGCCCGCGCAGUGAGGAGGCGAGCGCGGAAGGCAUUCCUGAGGAGGAUGAGGAUGAGGAAGACGAGGAUGAAGAGGAAGAGGAGAGGCGGCGCGUGACUGCGCUCGGUGCGGGCUUGGAGAAGGUCAGCCGGCACAAGGAGGCGGACGAGCGGGAGCGGUAGGGGUCGCGUCCCCUACCCUCCCUUCCCCUGCUCUUUUCUCUUUGCGGCGAAGGAGCGGUUUUGGGUCGUCAGGAUCCAACGUCGCCGCAUAGCCUGCUCAGGACAGGCUGUACAUAUCAAACUAGGCCGCUCCGACCGGUCCAGCAAACUGGGCCCCCUUACUGGCCGCGCCAGUGUCUAGCUGGGCUUAUCGGUCGUGGGGGCCUUGUAUAUAACGAAAAUCCCGCCGCUCGGCAUCCCCGCCACAUCCUGUCUAUAUCCUCCCGUCUCCACUGCUUGGUGUUAAUCGCUUUCGUCGCUGCUCCGGCUUCUCGUGCAAUGUACAACAAUUUCGCACAACCCAUGCACGCAUUCACGUUUCAUCGCAACUCAACUCAAUCCCGCCAUUGGUACUACUUUUCGUUUAAUCGGGGUCUUGGGUGCUAUAUCGUCCGUCUUCUCCGCUCUAUUUCUUUUGUCUCUACCUUAUUGUAUUCACCGUACACAUACGACAGCCGCCUUUUGUGAUUGAUUUAUUGCGCUUCAGAACGUAUAUAUUCGUUAGUUGUACUCGUAGGAUUUUCGGCUGGGUGUACGUUAGGUGCUCCCUGCUCUUGUGCAUAGUGGUUUCGAUGUAGGGCGUGGCAAUGAUUAUACGUCCCGGUUUGUCUUG